AUGUCCACCGCCUCGAACCCUGAACAGCUCACUAGUGAACAACGCGAAAGCCUCCUGUAUCGCCUUGCACAAGACUACAGAGACCUAAAUGGGACUGAAGUAGAAGUAUGGCCGCAUACACCCUCUUCGAUCGAGUUUGCACGAAUUGUAAACGUAGGGAGGCCGGUAUUGUUUCGUAAUACCCCAAAUAUGAAAGACCUUCCCGCUUUGACAAGAUGGACGGAUGAUUACCUUGGUUCCAUCAUGGGGGAUCGUAAAGUUUCUGUUGCAAUCACUCCAAAUGGGCAAGUCUUAGCAUCAUUUGAUAUUCCCACUGGACUGUCAACCGAACACCGUUUCGUUUUUGCAGGCGAGCAGACGCGUUGCACACUUUGCCAAGAGUUAUUCCAGGCCAUCAAACGAUCAGAGCAAGACGCGUCCAGCGAUGUGUGUUACCUACAGUCGCAAAACGGUAACAUGUACAGCGCAGUCGACUUUGAGUCCAUCCCCGAUCGUCCCUCGGACUCAGAAUUAUGUCCACAGCUCCUGUCUGAUGUUCCAAAAGAGAUUUCAUGGGCGAGUGAAGCGCUCGAGCCCGAACGACACCAGGUCGAACUCCCGACGCGGUGA